GACAUCGAUUACGAAGGAUUUCGUAAAUUUUUGGACACUUACCUCGAAGUGUCAACCCCCGACGAACUUUCACGACAUCUUUUUUUAUCGUUCGUUAAGAAGGCGCCUCGAGUCGAUGGAAAAGCUUUCAAGGAAAUGGCUGUGCUAUCGUCGACGACCGCCUGUGCUGCCAUUACGUCUCACACAACGUCCAGCAGCAACGUGAACAACACCGGUUUACCUGGUGGAACGUCGUCGGAAGGACAUACUUCUUCCUUGGCCGACAAAAUUCAUGGUCUCACGGAGAAGUUGCAAGCCUUAGGACACCAUAGAACGGAAAGCGAAGCCUCCACCAGAGCACGCACAGGAAGCGUCCAUCCUAUAUUGACGAUACAGCACACCUCGUACAGCUGUCACGAUGUGAUUGAGAAGAAGAGCACUGACAGCAGCCCAAGUCACAGCCAAAUGUCGCGGAAUUCGUCCAGGAAGUCGAACAAUUCGCUGCUCGUCAACAACGGGAAAUUGGAAGAAAUGAGAAACUUCGUUAGAAAACAGAGCACGAUAGAUGUCCACUCAGUUAAAGUCAGCCUCAAGGAUAUCGUGUGCUAUCUUUCCCUCCUGGAAGCUGGUAGGCCAGAAGAUAAAUUAGAGUUCAUGUUCCGGCUGUACGAUACAGAUGGGAACGGCGUUCUUGACACAAACGAGAUGGACUGCAUUGUCAAUCAGAUGAUGAACGUCGCCGAGUAUCUCGGAUGGGACGUCUCGGAAUUGAAACCGAUACUGCAAGAUAUGAUGAUAGAAAUAGACUACGACGCGGAUGGUACGGUAUCUCUGGAAGAAUGGAAAAGGGGUGGUCUGACGACGAUCCCGCUACUGGUUCUUUUGGGCUUGGAUUCUCACGUAAAGGAAGACGGUAACCAUCUCUGGAGGCUAAAACACUUUAGCAAACCCGCCUACUGCAAUCUCUGUUUGAAUAUGCUAGUCGGUCUCGGAAAGAAGGGUCUUUGUUGUGUUUUCUGCAAGUACACUGUCCAUGAAAGAUGCGUUCAAAGAGCGCCAGCCUCUUGCAUAGCAACCUACGUGAAAAGCAAAAAGACGUCGCAAACGAUGGCGCACCAUUGGGUCGAGGGAAAUUGUCACGGCAAAUGUUUCAAAUGUAGAAAAACUAUCAAGAGCUACAAUGGGAUUACGGGUUUGCACUGCAGAUGGUGUCAAUUGACAUUGCAUAACAGAUGCGUUUCGCAAGUGAGGACAGAGUGCACGCUGGGCGAGUACGCAGUUCAUAUCCUUCCGCCUACGGCGAUUUGUCCAGUUGUCUUAGACAGGCAAAGAUCGUUAUCCAGGGACAGUAAAAAGGGAAGCAAACACGGCCAGGACUCGUCGGCUGUUACCUCGCAAAGUGGAUUCCUGACAUCUGGUGCUGCUACUAAUCAACAGCCAGCUAUGUCCUUCCAAAUCACACCGCCGCCGGAUACUUUUCCACUUCUGGUGUUCAUAAAUCCGAAAUCCGGAGGAAGGCAAGGCGAACGCAUGUUGAGGAAGUUCCAAUAUAUCCUGAACCCGCGCCAAGUUCAUAAUCUGGCCGUGGGCGGACCUAUGCAGGGUUUGCAAAUGUUCAAGGACGUGAAGAACUUUAAGGUGAUCUGCUGCGGCGGCGAUGGUACCGUUGGCUGGGUGUUAGAGACAAUGGAUCGUGUCCAAUUCGAGCAUCAACCAGCCGUAGGUGUCAUACCAUUAGGGACAGGCAACGAUCUUGCAAGGUGUUUGCGAUGGGGCGGUGGUUAUGAAGGAGAAGCUAUUCAUAAAGUACUCAAAAAAAUAGAGAAAGCGACACCUGUAAUGAUGGACCGCUGGCAGAUAGAGGUGCUUGAUCAGAAAGACGAGAUGAGACCAAAUCAAGACAGUAUACCGUACAAUAUCAUUAACAAUUACUUCUCUGUGGGCGUGGACGCGGCGAUCUGUGUAAAAUUCCACAUGGAAAGGGAAAAGAAUCCUGAGAAAUUCAAUAGCCGGAUGAAGAACAAACUCUGGUACUUUGAGUACGCGACCACGGAACAAUUUGCUGCCAGCUGUAAAAAUCUUCACGAAGAUCUAGAGAUCAUUUGCGACGGGACACCGUUAGAUUUGGCACACGGACCUUCUCUCCAAGGUGUCGCAUUAUUAAACAUUCCUUUUACCCAUGGAGGUUCCAAUCUCUGGGGUGAACACCAUACGAAACAUCGACUUGGUAAACGGAAGAAACGACCAGACAAAGAACUGAGCACCAGCAGUUUUAAUUCCGUAGAUCUUACAGCCGCAAUACAAGAUAUUGGAGACAAUCUCAUAGAGGUGAUCGGUUUGGAGAACUGUUUGCAUAUGGGUCAAGUGAAAACUGGACUACGUCAUUCCGGUAGAAGGUUGGCACAAUGCAGCAGUGUCACCAUCACCACUAGCAAACGUUUCCCGAUGCAAAUCGAUGGCGAACCAUGGAUGCAGGGUCCAUGCACUAUUCACAUAACGCAUAAAAACCAAGUACCGAUGUUAAUGGCACCGCCACCGGAAAAGGGUCGAGGCCUCUUCCGUUUCUUAAAGAGGUGAACUUCGAUAUUAUCAAAUAACGAAACUGGAAAAUCGACUCAGUUCUCGAACAGAACGUAGUCUCAACGUCGUCCCGCCUGUUUUAUCUUAUCUUGAUUAAAAGAAAGGGAGAAUGAAGCGUAUCAAUUCGGUCGUACUUAACACAGCUUCGGUGCUCGUCCGAGAGCAUGGAACGAGCUUCGACGUAACUUAGGUAUUCUUGUGUACAGUAUUUUUGAGAAUAAUAAUAAAACAUCGCUCGUCUUAGUGAUAGGAUUAGCGGUAGACUCGUCGGUCAUCGAUACCGAUGUAUGAUCGUUUUGUAUACUAUGCGAAGAUACGCCGAAUAUCUUUUUUUCUCUUCUUCCGUUUCUCAAAUCCGUGGCUUGAGUCUACCGUUUCAAACGUGCAAGCAAAUACGAGGUUGUACUAUUGCAAUCGAGCGUAUAAUUCAUAUACCGACAGAACGGAUUGUACGGUAUCAUGCAAAAGAGAAAAUAAUCUCGUACGUAGCGUUACGUAGAUAAUAUUAACGACAACUUCUUUAAUCGUUCUUUUUCUUUGUACAACACUUAGAUAUAUCGUAAGCGUUUGAUUUCUCCAUAAAAUGUCAUAGUUGAAGAUAUGCAGAUCAUAUUCUUUAGAUGAAUAAUAUUUGUUGUAAGUAAAGAGUAUAAAAUCUAAUUUUAUAUCGAUUAAACGUUGAGUAUGUGUCUGUUGUAUGUUAUUUUAUAUUCUACUCGCUGUUUUUUGAUCUGCGUAUCCUCGACCAGUCUUGUAUCCGUUUACUUUUAUAAAGGAAAAAAAAAAAAGAAAGAAGUUUAUCGCAUUAACGACGCAUGAAACUAUUAUGAAUCGCUCCUCUUUUUUGCACGACUCCGUCCAAUAAUCAAAGAUCUUCUACUUUCCUCUCUUAACGUUAAGAUUUUUGUACGGAAGCUUAGUCGUAACUGCUUAGACAUAAAUCACGAUAGAUUGGUUUUAUUUAUUUAUUUAUUUAUUUAUUUAUUUAUUUAUUUAUUCGAUGGCUCUCAAGACGGAGCAGUAUAUCGUAAGCAUAUCAGCAUCAGCAAACCGAGCGCGAGCAUAAAUUAGCGCCGUAAGGUUCAGUUGUUCCGCGUCUGUCUUUUGUAUGAAUCAAAGGUUACAAAAAUUAUGCGUAUAUUUUCGAUUUGAUGCGGUGUAGCUUGUUAAUCGGUGCAAUAGCUGCGCGCUGUUAUAAAUUAGUCCCUUAAGUUUCUUUUCGACAUAUUAUUGUCUUUCUACACGUUGGCCAUCUCUCGAUCGAUACUCAAAUAGAGUUAGCACAUUUUUAAUUGUACGCGUAUUGACGCGUAUCGAACUAUUAAAACAUAGAAGCGGAUUACAGUGGACAUAUUAAAUAUCAUAUUGCUAAAUUAGUAGGAGGACAAACACAGAUAUUAUAAUCUACUGCGAAGUUUAAUCAAAAAUCGAUUCAGCCAACGUGUUACAUACGACGAUCAGUAUUGCGGUAUGGAAUUUGUAGGAUUUUUCAUAGAAUUCUUCUGCGACUGCAUCAGCACGCACUUCCUCAUUGUCUGUACGAACGCUUCUAUGAGUACAUUUGUAAUUUUCACAGCCUCGUUUCCAUGAGUAUUCCGUGUUAUUUGCCAUUAAAUUAUUUAUUCGCCAGAAAUUUUUGCGUCAUUUCUCCAACGUAUUUUUCAGAUCUUCCGUCCGAUAAUAGAAGUAAUGAAAAAUAUAGGUUGCAUUUUUUUAUUUCCGUGCGCUCGUAACUCACGUUCGUUUCGCGUUAUUCCAAAAUGUCAAUUUUAAUAAUAGAGAUGAAAACGAAAACCGACGCGGCAGUGUGGCGAGUAGUAUACUUCAAGCAACAGCAUGCCGAUGUCGUCAGGUUCGCUCGCAUUAUUCUGAUUUGUAUCUGCAUAUUUCGCUUUCGUAUCGCGUCUCGAGAUAUUUAUGCUUUUGUAUGGAAAGUGUAACGAAAAUGUACGACACCAAGUAUAUAACAUCCCGCAGGGACCAUCACAACGUGGAAAAAUCCAUGUAACGAUCAUAGAGUGAUCUUAAAUUUUAUCUUGUAGCAGCGACGACCAGAUUAAGCCUGAUGUAACGUUUCAAUUCAAGCAACGUCAGCGAUGUCUAUUGUAUUUAUUAUUCGUUUGAAUUUUGAACAAAGCAUAGAUCAUUCUGUUCUCUUCCAUUUUUCCUUCGUAUUUCACGAAUUUAUCAUUUGUUAUUCCUUCGAUCGCGUACAAACGCAGAAUAUACAUUGCUGGAAAUGAAUUCCCACGAGAAGACGUUCUAGAGGCAAGCGUUUACGAGUCAAUAUUUUCAAGCAUGUAUUUCUCGAUCGUUUUACGUAGAGGAAUUGAUAUACAAUUUAUUCAUCGCGCAAAUAAUGAUCGUUUCCCUUAUAAUCGUUAUAUACGCAUACUUCCCUUAGCGAUUAUAUGAUCGACUAUAAUAUAAUAUAGUUGCUCUCGUUAGACGAAUCGAAAUAUUACGCUUACGUAUAAUGAUACAACCAUUAAGGUCUUAAUCGUUAAGUUGUUAUUCGUUAGCGAAGAAAGAUCCGAUGAAAGAAGUACGACAGAAUUAUCACACGGACAAAAGGGGAUCGUCAGACAGUUACAAAUAAAUACAUAUAUAGUCGUGCUUCUUCGUCGCGAAACUGUGAAUACUAUUGGCACAAUAAUUACAAAUAUUGUUUUUCUAUUGGAUUGGCGCAGUGUCUCAGUGUGCUUGUCAUUGUAAUAACGUUAUGGUAUAAGGAAAGACCCAAAAAUCAAAAAAAGAAAAAAUGACAAAAAAAAAGAAAACAAAAAAAAGAAAAGACAUGAGAAAAGAAAACAAGUAUAUUGCCGUGCACAGCAGCGUGAGAAACCCACGUUACCAAACCGAAACGAACUUUUUAACCCUUGAUGCGAAAUAUCGAUUUCCUCCAGAUAGAGAUACUUCUAUUCUGAUUCGUGGAUUAGUAUAUAUAAUACAGGGUGAUCCAUUUUUUAAACAUAAUUCAUACGUUUCAACAUGGAAACUGAAGGUCAGGCUAAAUUUUAAUUAAUAAAUACAUCGCGAACACAUGUCCCUUGACCCUUCUGCGUCAGUUCUUCUUACUCGACGCUUUUAAACUUGAAUUAAAUUUUUUUUUUAAUCUAACACAUUCCUUAUAGUAUAAUUAUUAGAACGGAUAUAACUGUUGACGUCUUUAAAUGAAACGCCCUGUAUAUAUAAAAGUAACACAUAGUAACAUUGACAAUAGCGCACGUCAAUUAUUCGUUUCUUUUUAUUACUAAGGCGCGCUCCAUGAUUCAUAGUGGAACCAGUAAGUUAAAGGAACAACGUUGUUAUUUUCAGCGAUGAAAUAAAAACAUCUUGCUAACCAGAACGAGAAAAUAAAAGAAAAACGUGUAUUGCUCGUUGAUGAUUAAGAACGCGGAGAAAGAUAUUUGAAUCGUACGAUUCGAGUUGAAAAUUGAAAGAAAACGUUGCCUCGGUGCCUCGAAUAUUUUAGUCUAAAUCGUUGCGCGAAGUAUGACUGGAGACAUGACAGAAUAAAAAUUACGCAGAAACAUUGAUUUCUUUGUCGAUUUUCAAAAAUUCUCUCACGUGAUAUCAAUCGAAUUUCCAUUACCUUCGAUCCUGUCGAAAAACUUUCUCUUUCAUUUUUAAGUUAAUUUUAUUCUAGAAAUUAGAAUAUUAUUAAUUAAAAUUCUUAUACAAGAUAAAUAUACACGGAAAUGAUUUCAGGGAGAUUUUCUAUUUCUUACAGUUUCAUGAACGUAGGUUCAAUGUAGGGCUAAUGAAAUAUGCAGUCUUAAAUAAAUAAGUAAACAAGUAUUACGUUAUACGAUCUUACAACUCUCAUUCGACAAUAUUGCUACAACUUUUUAAUAAUUCUUCUACGAUAACUCUCUUACAACCCUUCUCUAUAGUACAUAUUCGAUUUCACAUACACGACAAACAAUUUUACGACGUGUAUUUAAAUGUCCACGUGUCACCAUGCAUCAGUUUCCACGUGUAUACGUAUAUCGCUUUUCAGGCUUAUCGUUCAAUUCUCUAACAUAAACAUUUCAUCUCUAUUUGCUGAUUGUCAAUCCUUAAUCCAAUCGUCAAAUCGUCACCUGUGUCCGCGCCGUGAUUCAUUCCUUUAUACAUAUAUACAUAGUAAUUCGACCUAUAUUUAUCAUAUACUGUAUAAGUGAUGGAAAUUUGAAAUUCAGGAAAAGUUUUUUUAUCAUCACGUAUUUUAUUAUUGAACCGGUUUUUAUUUAAGAUCUUUUAAUUUUCUGUCCAAAAAAUCAAAAUCGAAGAAAGAUUUAUAUAUUUUGAGAUUUAGUUAUCGCAGGAACUCGAAAUAUGCAGAGAGGGUUAAAAAAUGGAAGAACGCUUCAUUGGGAUUUGUAACAGUUAAGCGCGAUUGAAAGAUAUUCAAAUUAGAGAAAUUUACUGCCACUUUUACUGGGUCUAUGUACGUUUGAGCACUACUGCCAUUUUCCAAAAGAUAGUCAUAUAUGAAGAGAAAAGCCUGUCUAUUAUAGUGUAUUAUACGAAAUAAAGUGUAAAUUACGAUACAA